CAUCUCAAGUUGGCUAUAAAUACAACCUAUAACUUAUAAUGUAUGUCAUACUUGACCACAUAAUUUUUAUACCAAGUACAUUAUUUAGUUUUAUCAUGUCUAGCAACACUGCGACUAAGAGAGUCAAUCGAGGUCGCCAAAGGAUUCCUUUCACAAAGGUCGAAGAUGAAACCAAUCGUAAAGUAAUGUUUUCUAAACGUCGUUCAGGUCUUUUUAAAAAGGCCAGUGAGUUGUGUGCUUUGACUGGGGUGGAUAUCGCUAUUGUGAUAUUUUCACCUGCAAAUAAAGCUUAUAGUUUUGGGAACCCAAAUCUAGAUGUUGUUCUCAAUAGAUACUUUGGUGAAACCGAUACAUCUCAAGAAAAUGCCGCUAAUGAGAUUCUUCGUGCACAUCAUGAAGCCAAUAUGAGCACAUUGACUCCCCUUAUAAGUGAUAUGGAGUCUCAAAUUGAUGAUCAAAUGAAAUCAGGUCAAGCUUAUUCUGAUGCUGAAAUUUGUAGACCUCAUCUUUCUGAUUUACAUUUAGAUCAGCUGAAGGACUUGAAAUACCACAUGGAAGAACUGCGCUUUCAAACUUAUGAGAAAUUAAAGGAAGCAUCAAAGUCUGAAAUGGUGACAACUCCUAUGGGCAUAGGUGGCGUAUUUGUCCCUUUCUCAUGUUCUGGAAUCAAUAAUGAUGGUGUGGGACCAAGUGGAACAAGCUAAGUUAUAUCAUAGUUAACUUCAACAAAAUUGGGCUUUUCAUCAUCUAUAAAAUUUGCUUGAAUAAGUGCAGUUAUUUUUAAUUUUCGGUUUUUGAAUCAUAUCUUGUCCCAAUAGUUUUUUUCAACGUUUCCCUUUUAAAGUUCCCGAUAUUAUGUGUAAUUGUUAUUGGGAAAAAUAUCUCUUUUGUUUAUCCUUCACUAAUUAACACUUUCAUUUGGAAGGGUUUAUAUAUGGACGUUAUUUAUG